CAAUUUUUAGAUGCGACUGAUCUUGCAGGACUCAAUGGAUUGACUCGCUUGGUCUAAGAAUUCUCUAUUUAAGGUGACUGCGUUGAAUCCAUUGUAGAUCUAAUAUGGAUUUCAUCCCGCGCCGCCCCGAAGGUCAAUGAAUGGGAAGUCAACUCCUGUGGCGCAGUCCGUCCAUGAAUGCAUCGUGAUGCGCGGACACCGAAGCCGAAAGGAGACGAGAGCGGCAGGACGCGCUACACCCGCGAACUGGACAGGGACAUGCUCCAGUUCAAUGAUGGCUGCCAAGAAUUAGACCUCCGCAGAUCCACGAUGAUAGCAAUGUGAUAGCAGAGAUGGAGUAGCUCCGGGAAAACACACAUCUGCAACGCGUGCAUGCUCCGAAGCCACAGGAAACUCUGCCGGUUCAUUUUGGUGGUCGCCGGAAAUUGUCGAUGAAUAGGCGCCUUCUUCGUGAAUUCAUAGAUCCAGCUGAGGCGUCACGAAGAAGAAAAGGUACAGGCGGCGCAGGAAGCCCUCCGAGCGGCACGGGAGGCCCUGCGAGUUGUAGUGUCAAUCGCACGAUGUUCAUCGCACGAUGAUUGUGCGCAUGUCUAAUCGUGCACGUGUCCAAUCGUGUUCAAUCGUGGUCAAGUCGUAAAGGGAGACCAAGACCCACAACUGGGAGAAGCUGGUCUCGGACCUCGAUAGGAAUCCAUGGGAGCGCCUGUACAAAAUUGUAAUGAAGAAAACAAGACCCUAGGCGCCCCCGCUAACGGAGUGUAUGGAUCCUGAGAACAGUGAACGUCCUCUUUCCAAUCGGGGAACAAGGCUUCCGACCAUACGCGAAUCCGUCUGUCGGAUGGACCGAGGAAAAUGAGGUUUUCGAGUCCGAGAUGGCCGUGAUAUUCUGUAGACUUGGGAGCAGACCAAAAGCCCCCGAACCCGGCAGAGUACACGGCCGAGUGUGGGCCAUCGAAGGUUGCCGAAAACUUUGGUGGUCGUUUUUUCUGAGACAGUUUUUCAACAGCUGCCUCCAGCAGGAUAUCCCUCUCCCUCUCAGUAGAAGACGGCUUUAGUGAUGCUUUUCCAGAAGGAGAAUAAACCAGCGGAGAACCCGUCUACGUAUGCCUGGACGACGCAAGCAAGAUGGACGCGCAUGCUCGAGCGUGUUAUCGCUCGUCGUAUCAUCACCUGAGCCGCAAUAUGGAUUCAGCGAAGGACAUUCUACAGGGCGAUAAGACAAGUGAGGACUCUCGCGGGAGAGACCCUGUCUCACCAUGGUUGCAGAAGAGAGAGAGGGUUAUGGAGAUAUUCCUGGAUAUUGUCAAGGCAUUAAACACCCUCCCUUGGGACCAGAUGGCUCUUGCCUAUCACGACAUGCCGCUCUACUUGAUCGCCAUUAUUGAAGAUUGUUUUUGGUACAGAUGGCUGGAAUUUCGCGACAGAGGUGAACUCCAGCAUAGACGAGAGAUGUCAUGCGGUGUCCCGCAGAGGUCAGUGUUGAGCCUCCUAUUAUUGAUUGAACUCGAACAACCGUUCGCGCACAGAAUUCGAUUUCCUUAGAUAAAUGAGCGUUGCCGACACAGCACUUCUUUUGUUAUCAUCAUAGCAACGAAGCGAUUAUUAUUUUUGCGAAAUAUGAUGAAGCCGAGUCUUCGCUGCGAUAAUAUUCUUGACAACAGUUAUCGUAAGGCCGAAUCCUCUCAUAUUAUUAUUGAAAUAGUCUAAUCUAUAUAAUAAGCGUGAACUUCCAAUAAAAUAUUAUAUUUAAUAUUUGGUACCUCCUGUAAAGUCGUCUACGACAAAGGUGGACGACGAAUGAACGGACAAAACUACAAUUUACUAGCUCAACUUACUACGUGUGCGACAGGAUAUCAGGCGUAGCUAAGGACGGAUUACACGGCAAAGAACAGAUUAAGACAAAUACAUUUCACGUAUUCAUAAAAUUGCCGAUCAAGCAUUUUUCCUUCACCUCGUAUUAUUUUCGUCACAUCAUGGUCGAUAAAA